CGACCGGGAAAGCAUUUCUGACCAUCUCGCACCCCCAGCACGUGCCAUCCCCUAACCGCGAAACUAAAAACCGACCAGAAAAUUGACAAAGUAAAACCAAAAUUAGCAAAAACCAAAAAUGAAAUUAAAAACAAAAGAAAAAAUUAAAAAAAAAAAUACUAGAUAGAAACGUUUCUCUCUCUCUCGUUCGAAAAAGGCUUCGCAGAGGACAACGCGAAGGUUUUGUGAAGAGAGAGAAAAAAAAUUAAACCCCCAAAAAAGGAAAAACACUAUCUCCACGGAGAGGGAAAGCUCAAAGCCAAAGGGUAAAAAACAGAAUAGAAGAGUGGUGUCGUCUCUCUAUUGGAGUUGGGCUUCAGAGCUAGGGUUUCGGCUUUCCUUUUUUUAAAGCUUUUUGAUGAAGAUUUCUUUUUAGACAUUGUCUUGAAGCUUCACUCUUGUUCUGGAUGGAACAGAAAUUGUCAUUGUGUCACAAAGUCUUCAGUGUUUGGUGGUUUGGUAUCUGAAGUACCAUGACGCUGGAAGAUUUUUUCACUCUGACUGAGAUGAAAGAUGGGCUGACAUCCCCUUCACGGGUUGAGGAGCUGUUAACUGUAAUGAAAAAGGGUAAAGAUUCUGUUGUGAAGAAUGUCAGUGAUGCAACCAGGCAGUGGACUGCUGUUGCAAGCACAAUUGCUGCCACCGAGAAUAAAGAUUGUCUCGAUCUUUUUAUUCAACUAGAUGGACUCUGGUUUCUUGGCAGAUGGCUCAAGGAUGCUCAAGAUUUUGGUAAUGACUCAAGUGACAGUUUUGAGGAAGAAUCAAUUAGUGCACUCUUACGAGCACUUGAAAUGUUGCAUAGAAAUAAUGAGAGGUCUAUUUCUUCAGAGAUCUGGAUUACUGUCAAGAAUCUUCUUGUCCACAAUAGCCCUCGAGUUCAGGAUAGAGCUAGAUUGCUCUUUGAUAACUGGAAACGAGGUAGAGUUACGGAUGAUGUUCAGAGUGGUGUUGAUAGUGGUGGACGCGACUUUGGGAUUUCAGACAAUGCAAUAAUUACUGGAGAAAACGGUGGUACAGAAUGUUCUGCCAAAGAUGUUCCUGUUGCUGUAGGAAGUGCCCAUGAAGAAAAUGAUGGUGUAGAUGCUGCAAAAAAUGAAAACCUUCCUUCAAACCUAGAUGGUGUUCAACCAGAAAGGGCUAAAGAUUUAUACAUUGAAACUACUAAUGAUCAGGUCGAGUCUCACAUAAACUCAGACUGUGCAGACAUGGAAAACAAAUCUCCAAAUCAUAUGGCCUCCACUUUUGUGCCAAAUCCCAUUCAAGAAAAGUCGUCCAUGAAGGAAGAGCUCCCAGCAAAAACUGUGGAAGAAACUGCAUCCCCUGAGGCAUGCAGUUUGCCAGAAUUAAAGCAAGAAAAUGUUGGUGUUUCAGUUGCUCAGAAGUUGAAUGGGGUUUCAACUGAUGAAAAGAAGUUGGAUAUGACAGUUUUUUCCUCUAGUACUUUGGAAAAUGUACUGGUUUCUUCUGGUUCUGGUGUUGGAAGUGCUCAGGAGGCUGUAACGGAACCCAAUUUGCAAAAUGAUUCUGAAGCCAAUAAGAGUGAUGUUCUAAAAUCAGUUGCUCUGGGUGAUGAUAGUGCACCCGUUUCACAGCCAAAGAAGGCAAUGGGUGAUGCAGGGGUUACGAAUCAUUCAGGCAAUGGUUCUCAUUUGUGCAUGUUGCAGAGCUCCCCUGAGAAGGAGUUUAUAUAUGGAAAGCCUGGGGAUCUGGAGACUACCUUUUCCAGGAUGGAAGACAUUGGAACAGUGGAUGAAGAUAAGGAGAGUUGUGGAGUAGAGCAUUUGAGGGGUGGUACCAAUUUUACCCAUAGUCCUGAUGUGAUUGAUAGCAGAACGUCUGAUAUUGAGCUUGAGUAUGGCUUAGUCGAUGCUCUAGAAGUUGCCCGAAAAGUUGCUCAAGAAGUGGAGCGAGAAGUAGUAGAUGACAGAGAGCCUUCAUGCAGCUCUUCAGAGAAGAUUUCUGGAGUUGGAAUUAGGCAACCCGGUACUCCAGACUCCAUAAAUGGAAAGCAAGACCUGCCUACACAGCUCAUACCAAAGGAGGUGUCAACUGGACCCAAUCAGUCUGCUGAAACAUAUAAUGAGGUGGAGAGGCACAUAAUUAAUUCAGAUAAUGUAGACAAUGAACCAGAAAAUGACUUGCAUGACAUGGAGGCCUCUCAGUUGACCGUGAUUCAAGAACCUGAACUCAACACUCAGAAAAGCCUUUGUGAUUUUGACCUGAACCAGGAAGUCUGUUCUGAUGACAUGGAACGCGCAGUUAAUUCCAUCUCCACCCCCAUUUCAGUAGUUUCUGCUUCAAGGGCAGCAGCGGCUCCUUGCUUGCCUGUAGCUCCUCUACAGUUUGAGGGGGCUCUUGGAUGGAAAGGAUCUGCUGCCACUAGUGCUUUUCACCCAGCAUCACCUCGCCGAAACUCUGAUGGUGAGAAGACUCUUUCCCUUGGGGGAACAAGCAGUAGCUCAAAACAAAGGCUGGAUUGCCUUGAUUUUGAUCUUAAUGUUGCCGAAGCUGGUGAUGAAAAAGGUGCUGAACUAAUGUCAGGCAAACAGGUUACAGUCUCACCAGGCCUCCAUUCUGUGGAAUCUUCACUGGAAGUGAGUCCAAGAAAAUCCAAGAGACUUAAGCUAGAUUUAAAUCUUAUCAGUGAUGAUGCUUAUGCUCCUGCAUUAGAGUCAAGAGUUGAGGGACAACUCUUUUACAACAGGAAUGGGCAUCGUAGCCCUUCACCUGCCUCAUCAUCAUCAUCAAUGCAGUUUUCUCUGAGGAACAUUGAUUUGAAUGACAGACCAUACAGUCACAAUGAUGCUUCAGAACACGGGACUUAUCAUGGUGGAUCUUCGCGAAAUGUAAAUGCAUAUGGAGGGCCUAAACUAAAUAAUCCUGUUAUUUCUAUAAUGGGUACUAGAGUGGAAGUCAAUAGGAAGGAUGUUGUUCCUCAGGUUGUAUCGUUACCAAAUGGCAAGGCUCUUGAGCCUGCAACAGAUGCAAGCAUGACAAGAACUGUAGGUUUUCUGGGGUUGGGUCCCACUGUGUCAUAUGCACAUUCUCCUGCAUUUAGUUAUAAUGGACUGGCUAUGGCACCAACGAUGUCCUUCUCUUCUGCCAUUUAUGGGGCCAGUGGCUCAAUCCCCUAUAUGGUCGAUUCUAGAGCAUCUGUUGUGCCUCAAAUGAUGGGCUCUACAUCUGCUGUCCGUCCAGCCUACUCUCAACCACAGUUCAUUAUGAGCAUGAGCAACGCACCUGUUGGUUUAAAUGGUUCAGUCCCCUCACGGCCUAAUUUUGAUCUGAAUUCCGGUUUAGCAAUUGAGGGAGUAAAUAGAGAUUCCAUUGGUGUAAGGCCGUCUUUCCUGCCUGGUCAAGACAGGUCAAUAGAAGAUCAUUUGAGGGCAAACUCACAACCCUCUAGUUCUGGAGUUGUUGCAAAAAGGAAGGAACCAGAUGGUGGAUGGGAGCCACACCUAUUUAACUACAGACAUCAGCAAUUUCCAUGAAAAUAAUUGAGAUUUGCGUUUCGAUUUAGAAGGUUUGUCUUCUGCUACUUCGUUGUCUUCGCCUUUGGUUCCCGAGAGUUCGGGUUCUUCGUCACUGGGUGCUUCGAAUGGGAAACUUGGAGCCAUGAGAUAGGAUUUGGAGCAGGCGAGUUCGUGCUUUCCCGGUUCAGAAGAGGGAUUUCUAGGUGCGUGGAAGGCAAAAAGAAGCGAGAACGUUAAGGGUGUCUUUAUUAUCGCUCUCCAUUCGCCCUAACGUUAAGCAAAACGGUGCAUUUGAAUAGUUGGGUUGGGUGCUUGCCUGGUUGGGUCCAGGUCCAUAAAAAAUUGGAUUUGGCAACUACAUAUGCAGAACCUGUGGCCCGUAUGGAGCCGAAUCCCACUUUCUACUUGCUUGCAACCAAUAAGCCCAUGCUGAAGAGGGUUUUCCUUGGAGACUAGGACCAGACCAGGACCAUCCAUCGAUCUCGUUCCUUUUAUGGGCGUAGACUACGGUUUUAGCUUCUAAUUUCUAUAUAUAUUAAAAAAAAAUAGAUAAUUUCAAAGUCUUGAUGUAUAUUUUUCUUCUUUCAUAAAAUA